AUGAGUGGCCUUCUGCGUCGUUCCCUGCUGGCCGCGCGCCCCCCCAGCGCGCGUGCCAUGUCGUCGAGUGUGCGCAUUCUCAAGAGUGCCGAUGCGCCUGUGCCGGCGAGCGAGGCGACCGCGAAGCGUGACCUGGUCGACGAGCAGGUGAGCCGGAUCGGCGACCCGGCCCCUGUGUCGCUCGUGAGCGAUGCGCCGGAAUCGCUCCACCAGCGCACUGUGCGCAUCUUCCAGCCGGCCAAGCCCGCGACGAUGUCCGGCAAGGCCGGCACCAAGGACUGGCGCGUCGACUUUGACAUUCUCCAGGGCUCGGGCCGCUGGGAGAGCCCGCUCAUGGGCUGGGCCAGCACGUACGUACCUCCCUCUGACCCCAGUGCCGAUAGCCAGCAGGCCCUGUCGAUGAAGUUCGACACGAAGGAGGACGCCAUCCACUUCUGCGAGAAGCAGGGCUGGAACUUUUUCGUCCAGGAGCCCCACAAGGCGCGCAUCCCGAUCAAGAGCUACGCGGACAACUUCAAGCACUCGCCCGGCAAGCUGCGUAUCGUGCACACCAAGUAA